ACGAUUAUCACAAAUGGUAAUAUUCAGGAAAAAACACCGGAAUUUUUUUUUAUUGCUUCAUUGUCAACAGAGAAUGAGCUCGGGAUAUAACAAGGAUCUUGUAACUGCAUUACGAGACGUAGUAAAUGAAACCAACUGGUAUUGUGCAGGACCAGUAGCCAAGUUGAAAAAAUACAUUUGUAACAGAUAUUAUGCUGAUGGUGGAGAGGAUAUUGUUGUAAUCUACAGUAAAAAGAGUGACAAAUUCUAUGCACUGGGAGCAGUGUGUUCACAUGAAGGUGGUCCUCUAGAGCAAGGUGAUAUAGAGGAUUUCGAUGGUCGGGAGAAGAUUGUAUGUCCUUGGCAUUCAUAUGACUUUGAUCUAGAAACUGGAGAAUCAUCAUACGGAUUGAAGCAAGAUGUAUAUGAAGUUUGUAUAAAGGAUGAUCAGCUUUAUUUCUACACUGGAAGUGAGCUGUCAACCAAACCAUUUAAGAGUCCAGUUAUCAAGAAAGACACCACCCAAACUGAAACAAAAACAGACAAGACAGUUAAGGAUGAAGACACAACAAGUCUAACAUACUGGGCAUCAAAAAUACUCAAUACGGCCUGUCCUCAACAAAAGGUAGAACUAACACAGAAAGUGGGAGAGAUGUGGAGAAAAGGGGAGCUAACUGUGGGAUUUUGUCAUCCACCAGACCAACCAGCCAGGGAUGAAGGUUUAACAGUUGUAAAACCAGGCAAGGAGAGAAAGAGAGGGAAAGGGGGCUCUCUGACUAGUCGGAUAUCUAGCUUGCAUUCUAUGGCCAAUAUAGAGCAAUGGGCUAUUGAUUUAUCAUGGGACAUCAUUGCUCGCUUCUCCACGGCAACACCAGAUGGUUGUGAUGAGGCUCUCCCACAGGGUUUCUAUGAUGAUUUUGUCCAAGUGGCAUGUGAUGAAGCAAAGCAUUAUAAGAUGCUGUCAGAUAGACUACAAGACUUGGGUAGCUAUUUUGGUGCUCUUCCUGUGCAUAAUGCAUUGUGGUCCGCAGCAACUGACACAAGUGACAGUUUACUAGCAAGACUGGCUAUUGUCCAUAUGGUACACGAAGCCAGAGGUCUUGAUGUGCAACCAAAAAUUUUGGAAAAAUUUGCAAAGAACAACGACCCAGAAUCAGCAGCAAUAUUGGAGGUCAUUUUCCGAGAUGAGAUAACUCAUGUUGCUGCAGGACUGAGAUGGUUUACUUACGUAUGUUCUCACUCCAACCCUCCCCUGGAUUGUAUUCCAACAUUUCAUAAAUUAGUGCAACAAUAUUUUGGUUCUUUGAAGCCUCCAUUUAAUACAGAGAGCAGAACCAUAGCAGGAAUGACGGAAGAGUGGUACCUGCCCUUGGUGAAGCCUGCCAGCUGAUAUCUUCUGGUAUUUUAAUAUAAACUGAAAAAGCAAUAAAAUUUAACUGUU